AUGUCUUACUAUCCGCAUUACUCGGGUGGUCAGCCCGGAUACCCUCCACCCCAGCAAUAUUCCCCGCAGCAAGGCUACCCACCGAUGCCCCCUCAGCAGCAGGCAUAUGGUGGAUAUCCUGGCCAGCAGUACCAUCAACAGGCUCCCCCACCUCAGAACCCUUACGGCUACAGUCACUCUCCUCAGCCCGUUCAACAACCAUACGGAUCGCCUGCCCCGCAGCAAGGGUACAAUGCUCCUCCUCAGCAUCCUCCGCAGUAUCAACAGGCUCCUCAAGGAUACCAGGGUCAAGCCCGCCCCAUCCAAGGUGCGCGCAUUCGGGACCCAAUACCUCGAACAUACAAAGCUGACUCGAAAUUUCGAUGCAUAGGCAACCAAUACGGCCAGGGUGGUCCUUCGGCCCCUCCAACUGCCCUGUCUCAUUCGGAAACGGCGCCCCGCAAGGUUACAACUUCCAGUACUCGCGAUGCACUGGGUCAGCUGCGCGGAUGUAUCAAUGACGUGAAGAAUAUGUCCACCUACUUGAACCAGAGCUUCGGAUACGCGCGCGAGGACAUGGUCCUUCUGACGGAUGAUCAACAAAACCCAAUGAGCCAGCCUACCAAGGCGAACAUUCUCCGUGCGAUGCACUGGUUGGUGAAGGACGCGCAGCCAAAUGACUCGCUCUUCUUCCAUUAUUCUGGUCACGGCGGUCAAACAGAAGAUCUGGACGGUGACGAGGACGACGGAUACGAUGAGGUGAUCUACCCUGUUGACUUUCGAAAUGCUGGUCACAUUGUCGAUGACGAGAUGCACCGCAUCAUGGUGCAAACUUUGCAACCUGGGGUGCGUCUCACAGCUAUCUUCGAUUCAUGCCACUCCGGCUCGGCGUUGGAUCUUCCCUACAUCUACUCUACCUCGGGUGUCCUCAAGGAGCCCAACCUUGCCAAGGAAGCUGGUCAGGGUCUACUCGGAGUGGUGCAGGCAUAUGCUCGUGGUGAUAUGGGUAGUAUGAUGUCUACUGCGAUGGGCUUCAUCAAGAAGGCAACCAAGGGAGAUGAGGUGUAUGAGCGCAACAAGCAGACUAAGACUAGUCCUGCCGACGUGGUCAUGUGGUCUGGUAGCAAGGAUGACCAAACUAGUCAAGAUGCUCAGAUCGCUGGACAGGCCACUGGUGCCAUGUCGUGGGCCUUUAUUGCGGCGCUCCGCAAGAACCCCCAGCAGAGCUAUGUCCAGUUGUUGAACAGCAUCCGUGACGAAUUAUCCGAGAAGUAUACCCAAAAGCCACAGCUGAGCUGCAGCCACCCUUUGGAUACGAACCUUCUUUAUGUGAUGUAA